UUCUUCAGACUUCAUAGGUUCAACGGGACUUCGUUGUUUUCUAGGACUAUUACUGGAGCUCAUUUAUAUCUAACUGCAACAUAGGAAGCUAGUGUUUUGAAUGGCUGGCGAAGCAGCGCCGCCUCCAGGCGUCCAGCCACUCAUACCAGAGCGGCUUCUCGAUGUACCCUCUCAGCGUUUGUAUUACUUGAGUUUGGGCUUGCUGCUGCAGGCCAUCAAGGUGUUCGACGUCCUCCAAAACAUCUUCAUGUCCGAUGCGACAACAUACUACGGCAGAAAAUGGCUGACAGCCGAUUUUCUCUACAUCGUGACGCUCUCUCAGCUCCGAAUACCACGUUUAAAGUACAGCAAGGCUAUCGUCUUACUCCAAAUUAUGUCCAUCUGGUUCCUCGAUGGCAUGCUCUUUGGAGGAAUUAGCUUAAACCUUGGGUUAAUGGGAUCCUCCGAAACAACUAGCGUGCCCUCCGGUUUCUCAAAUCGACCAGACCUUCCAUCUACUCCUGAACCGUUCCGGCUCUCUGACAUCCUUUCUCCGCUAACGUUCGGUUUCUUUUCAUUCGACACAACCCUCAAAGAUCCCCAUCUGCUCGGCCAACACACGGUCCGUAUGUCUCCCAUCAGCACUGCUCAUUUCAAUCCACACCACCAUACUUUUUGCCUCCCGCCUGUCUCGUCUGCACAUGUGCUCGUUCCGAUCCUUGUGAACAACACAAUCCCGACAAAUGUGCGCUAUUCUUUUACUCCACUUGGUUCGGGGCGCGUGGAGUACACCGAGUUGGGCACGAAGGAGUUGAAAGCAAUUGAACAAGCUAGAGUAGAGGGACUACAGGUUGUGCGAAGCAAGGAAGUGGAUGCGUAUGAUGAGUACGAUGACGAGGAUGAUGAAGAAACCGAUUCUGCUACGCGCCUGCAAAAGACACAAAGCUUGGUACACCUUCGUCUCUCCAAACCAGGGACCAUAAAGCUUGACCGGGUGCUUGACAGUUCAAACGUUGCAGCACGCCUUGUUCACCCGGUCGAAGUGACCGUUGUACCCUGUCCGACUGCACAGUACACUGAUGAUGAGGUGCGAGAUGUUCACUGUGCGGGUGAAACAUCUGGCGUGGACCUUACCAUCGAUAUACGAGGUGUCCCUCCGCUGAGCCUACGGUGGUCAAAGGAUGUUAGUGGGAGGAAAGAAUAUUUUCUUGUUGAAGGCAUCGAGGAUAGCAGCCACUCGCAUACCGCACAAGAGGUCGCCCGUGCUCGUGUACCUCAGAAACUCAAAGUUCCGUUGUCUUUGUCUUUGGAUGCUCUCGGCAAGCACACAUAUACCCUGGAGAAUAUUAUUGAUGGCAUGGGAAAUGCUGUGCACCUCGAUGACGAGCAUCAUGACACAAAGAUCACACGGUCACUCUCUGUUCUGCGCCGUCCGAGUGUGUCGUUCAAAUCAUGCGGUCCAGGCAACCCGACUUCGCUCCUUGUUGGCUCAGAGGCUCCAGUAGCACUUACAGUAUCCGACUCAGACCCCCUAGAUGGGCCGUGGAACAUCGACGUGAGGUUCGAGCCCGCUAGUGGGGAUGACAAGCGCAUGAAACCAUGGGACAAGAAACUGCAGACCCAGGAAAACAAGAAUGACGUUGUGCUGAAGGCAGGCGUUCCAGGAGAGUAUGUUAUCACCGGCAUCAAAGGCAAGUAUUGCGAUGGCGAUGUGCUUGCUCCUGAAACAUGUAAGGUUGUCGAGAAAGCGAUGCCCACCGCAGAAAUCGAGUGGAAGAGGAUUCAUGAAUGUUCCGGCGACACAGGGGUCUCUGCGUCUCUUGUCAUGCACGGCACACCUCCAUUCCAGGUUUACUACCGCACGCAGCGUGACGCAGAGCCCCCACGUGAUCUUUUCAAGACGUUCACGUCAUCUCGUGGCGAACUCACUCUGCAGCCAGAGCACAGUGGUCACUAUUAUUACACCUUUGUGCAACUCAGUGACGCCUACUACAAAAAGGUCGCGCUUGAUGGCCCGAGCAUUGACCAAAUUGUGCAUCCUCUAGCAGCAGCUGACUUUGUGGGCGGCCGCGGAAAGACGGCCGUCAGCAGUUGUGAGGGCGCGACUGUGGGCAUUGAGGUAGAUUUGAGGGGCACACCUCCUUGGAACUUGGAGCUGCAGGUUGUGGGUCCGCGCAGUACGGAUGCACUGAAAAUCGCCGACAUAAAGACGUCACCCACAAGGAUAUUAGUACCUAUACCCAGCGUUGUCGACAAGGAGGGCGGAACAUUCGAUGUCGAGUUAGUGAGCGUUGUGGAUAGCUACGGAUGCAAGCGACCAAUAUCAGUUCCUGGCGUAUCUGUGAAUGUCAGGAGAGUGAAGCCAACCGUCAAGUUCUAUGGCAAGCAAGGCCAACGGGAGAUCACUAUUCUAGAAGAUGAUGGUGCUGACCUGCCACUUCGGCUGACAGGCGACGGACCAUGGAAAAUCAAGUACCGUCACAUGGGCAACCCAGAUCGUCUGCACACUGUUAUGCUAAAGUCGCCCAAUGAUCAUAUCCGUGUCACGCAAAAGGGUAUCUACGAAAUUAUGGAGGUUAUGGACUCUCAAUGCCCUGGAUCUGUGAUCGAAAAUGAGAACAUUUACACUGUCGACUGGGUGCCGCGACCUUCUGCUAGACUGGAUCCUUCAACUCCUUCCACCUUCGAGCCAUAUAAUAGGUCACACAUACUUCCUCCAAUUUGCCGAGGCCAGGACGCCCACGUCGAUCUCGAGCUCACAGGUCGACCCCCCUUCCAGAUUAUGUACAACAUUGCACGCAACGACGAAUCGGGUGGCACAAUAGUACUCGACCAACCAACGUUCAGUAGCAUCCAGCCUCGUACGCGUUUCCAGCUGCACACGUCAAUCGUUGGGCGCAAGUAUUAUGAAGUCAAACAAAUCGGGGACAGCGCAUAUCCUCUCGCGAAGCACAAGAACACUGUCAUCCCUCGUUCAGACCGCCUUCUUUUCGAGCAGGAGGUAAUGCCAAGGCCGUUGGCGAAGUUCAAGAAUGACAACAGAAUGCCUUUCUGCUUGAACGAUGCACUUACCCCUCGCGAAGCUUUCUCAAAUGAUGGUGGUGUUAUUCAGCUUGAAGGGACACCGCCCUUCCAGCUCGCGCUGUCCAUCAGAAACCUAGCCGCGAGCCACGUGUACAAGGAAACGAUCGAGGUGAACGACAAGACCUGGAGGCUUGAUCUUCCUUCCUAUCACUUCACAUCCAUUGGUCCUCAUCAAAUCACAAUCGAGUCCGUCCAGGACUCAUCGCACUGCGAACAGAAGGAGCUGCAUCCUUUGCGUCGCUCUAUAUGGAUUGACGUCGCAGAAUCCGCUGCGAUCACUCCCAUCGACAAGAGAGUAGACUUCUGUGCCGGUGAAGUGGCUCAAUUCCAGCUCGAAGGCAAGCCACCUUGGUCGAUCGGGUACCGCAUCAACGGCAAGUCUUACACCCAAGAAGCAAAGACGUCCCCAUUUUCUCUCGUGCAACAACAAGCAGGGGAAUUCACGAUUACGUCCGUCUCGCAGCAGCAGAAGCUAUGCCAGGCUACAGUUACAGACCUGCAAUUUACUGUUCAUCCUCUCCCAUCUGCCCAAGUCGCUCGCGGGAAGCGGAUAUACCAGGAUAUUCAUGAAGGUGACCAAGCAGAAAUCGUCUUUACACUGAUCGGAGAGCCACCGUUCACGUUCACUUACCAACGAGCCGAGCCAAUUCCCAAGAAAGGCGGCAAGCCAGGAAAAAUUCUGGAAACACAUACCGUGUCCGGUGUCACGACGCACGAAUACUCCAUAUUCUCUGCGCUUGAAGGAACGUGGACAGUAACAUCCAUCUCUGACCGUUACUGCCGAUACCCCACACAGCCAGAUAGUGUAGCAGAAAAGUCACGACACUAGGCUCUGAGAUGUGAACGCCGCCUGAUUUUAGCAUAUAUCACAUGUAGCUUUAAACUUUGGACUGAUAAUAGUAGCAUCAAACAUUCUGGUAGUGUGUGUACAUAGCUAGUCUCGUCACCGGCCACCUUAUUUUGGCGAGGGCUGAAGUGUCUCACACAGUUUUUCCACCACUCAUCAAAGUAGUGCUUGUAAGGAUAUGUAGUCGUUCCGAGUAAAUACAGGGCUGAUUUUACAUUCACUUAUCUGUCCUUCCUCUAAACCUGGACAGACGAAAUGUAGAACCACUUUGAGACUGGGAUGGAAGGAUCGAUGG